GAGCCAGUGAAAUCACGCAGUGUGUACCUGGGCAAGGAUGGAGCCAGUGAGAUCAGACAGUGUGUAACCAGGAACGAUGGAGCCAGUGAGAUCGGACAGUGUGUAAGCCGGGGAGGAUGGAGCCAGUGAGAUCAGACACUGUGUAACCCGGGGUGGACGGAGCCAGUGAGAUCAGACAGUGUGUAACCCAGGGAGGAUGGAGCCAGUGAGCUCGGACAGUGUGUAAGCUGGGGAGGAUGAGACCAGUGAGAUCAGUCAGUUUGUAACCUGGGGUGGAUGGAGCCAGUGAGAUCAGACAGUGUGUAACCAGGGUGGACGGAGCCAGUGAGAUCAGACAGUGUGUAACCAGGAACGAUGGAGCCUGUGAGAUUGGACGGCAUGUAACCCGGGGAGAAUGGAGCCAGCGAGAUCAGACAGUCUGUAACCUGGGGAGGAUGGAGCCAGUGAGCUCAGACAGUGUGUAAUCUGGGGAGGAGGGAGCCAGUGAGAUCAUACAGUGCGUAACCCGGGAAGGAUGGAGCCAGUGAGAUUAGUGUGUAACCCGGGGAGGAUGGAGCCAGUGAGAUUGGACAGUGUGUAAUCUGGGGAGGAGGGAGCCAGUGAGAUUAUACAGUGUGUAACCUAGGAAGGAUUGAGCCAGUGAGAUCAGUGUGUAACCUGGGGAGGAUGGAGCCAGUGAGAUUGGACAGUGUGUAACCUGGCGAGGAUGGAACCAGUGAGAUCGCACAGUGUCCCAGUGAAUUAUGCAGCGAUUGAGAAUAAUCCACAGCAGGAAGUAAACAGAUUGCAGAUUGAGGAACAACAACAGAUGAACAUUCACAGAAUUGUGAGAUCACCAACCAGAGAGAACCCUUCAGAUUCAAAGGGUUUAUGCAGAUUGACUGGAGAAAAUGGAGAAAUAGAACAACACUGGUCAAAGCAAGCAGGCAAUCUUUCCAAAAUCGACGUCAGAUGCAAAGCUAGCAUCAGCUUCCCAGUGUGUUCUGUAAUGCACGUAAAGGGAAGGACGCUGGCUGAUCUUUUGGGCACGCAGGAUCAGAAUAUGGAAACAAAUUUAACCACUACGGCUGAAGGUGCAAAGAAGGAAGAAGACCCAACAUCUUUAACAAGAAUAAGGAUGAGCACAGAUCCAAACUCUACAAUCACUGAGUUCUUAACAAAAUGUGAGGACUACCAGCUGUUCCAAUUGACAAAAUUCUACUGGGACAGACUAGAACAGGCGAUUGAAGAAGUUGUGGAUGGAGUCAGCUCAUUGUUGACAUAUGAGAGGAUUUUCAGUGAGCAAGAACAUCGGAAAGUCACUGAGUUCAUGGAGAAGGGAAACAGGAUUGACAGGUCCAAACUUCUCCUAAAUCUGGUGAUGGAGAAAGGCUCUCGGGCCCAAAAGGCAAUGUGGGAAUCCUUUGUGAAAAUGUGCCAUGGGAUCCCAAAGUUGGAAAAAAUACUGAAAGAAAUACAGGAACUUGGUUCUGAUCGAUUUGAUUAUAUGAACGUCGCACAAGGUUUAUCAGAAGUACCCAGUCACCUGAAAGAUGUUCAGAAGAAACACAAGGAAACACUUUGGAAACAAACUGACACAUUGAGAGUGAACACUAUCCUAAUAAAGGAGAAGGUUAAGAUUUUCCAGCUGAUUGAUCGAUACGCUGAGCUAACGAUCAUUUCUAAUGUUCGGGACCGGACACUUGUAGAACAUGAACUGCUGGCAAGAGGCCGAGACCAUGAAGAAUGGAGAAAGACACAUCUCCGGAAAGAACUGGAAAAAAUCCGAACUGAUCAGUUGUUCCAGAGCAGUUUUUCCUGGAGAAAAUCCAAAUCUGGGAGUUCAGCAGUAGUGAGCGGAGUCCCGGGGAUUGGAAAAACAACAAUGGUACAAAAGAUUAUUUAUGAUUGGGCCACUGAGAAAAUAUAUCCACGCUUUCAAUUUGUUUUCAGUUUUAAAUUCCGGGAUUUGAACAAUAUUAACUGCAGAAUAAAUCUGAGGAAUCUGAUAUUGGAUCAGUAUCCUUACUUUGGGAAUGUUCUGAGAGAGCUUUGGAAGACCCCAGAGAGAUUGCUGUUUAUAUUCGAUAGUUUGGAUGAAUUCAAGGACAGGAUCGACUUUGCUGACAAUCGGAGAAAUACAGAACCUCAGUUCAUGUGCACAGACCCUGAAUGCUGGUGUGAAGUGUCUGACAUUGUGUACAGUUUAAUACAGCACAAGCUGCUCCCAGGAUGUUCAGUGCUAGUGACCAGCCGCCCCACUGCAUUACAUUUAUUGGAAAAGGCUGAGAUCAGUAUCUGGGCGGAAAUCCUGGGAUUUGUUGGUGAUGAACGGAAGGAAUAUUUCAACAAGUUUUUUGAAGAUCAUAUGGUGGCAGCAGCUGUUUUCAAACACUUGGAGGAGAAUGAGAUCCUGUACACCAUGUGCUACAACCCUACCUACUGCUGGAUCCUCGGUCUGUCACUGGGCCCCUUCUUUACACAAAGAGACAGGAAACAGCAGCAAGUUCCCAAGACCAUCACCCAACUAUAUUCCUACUAUAUUUACAACAUCCUGAAAAACCAUAGCCCAGAGAUUGAAAGCCCCCGUGAUGUGUUCCUGAAGCUUGGUGAGAUGGCCUUCACAGGAGUCUCAGAGAGGAAGAUUGUGUUUAGAAAUGAAGAUUUGAUCAAGUACAAUCUGCAACCUUCCCAGUUCCUGUCUGGGUUCCUGAUGGAACUUUUGGAGAGUGAUGAUUCUGUCCAGAGUGUGGUUUACACAUUCACACAUCUCACCAUCCAAGAGUUUGUAGCUGCACUCACACAAUUCCUGACUCCAGAUCCCGGGGAAAUCCAUAAGCUCCUAAAUGAAGCCCACAGCAAAGAAGAUGGGCGAUUUGAGGUAUUCCUCCGUUUUGUUGCUGGUCUCUCUUCCCCACAGUCAGCUCGGCCCCUGCAGGAGUUUCUUGGCCCAUUUCUUUAUCAAACUACCUGCCGAGUGAUUGACUGGGUGAAGGAAAUGGUUGAAGGACAGAUUGGAAACACAGAGAGCAAAGCUGGUAAAAUUAACCUCCUGAACAUAUUGCAUUACCUGUUUGAGUCUCAGAAUAAAGCACUGGCUCAGGCCAUAGUGGGAUCUGUGGAAACACUUACAUUUCGUGAACUGCAACUGACCCUGAUUGACUGUACAGUCCUGUCUCAUAUUAUUGGAUUCUGUGAUACCAUAAAAUGCCUCGAUCUGGAUUUCUGCUUCAUUUCGUGUGAAGGACUCCGGCAGCUGGGACAUGUUCUGCACAAAUGCCAGGAGUUGAGACUGAGUUAUAAUAAUCUGGAAGAUUCAGCAGUGAAACUACUGUCUGUGGCUCUGAGGAAUCCAGACUGUAGAAUACAGAAACUGAGGCUGGAUCGUAACAAUCUCACAGUUUCUUGUGCCGAGGAUCUUGCUUCUGCUCUCAGGACAAAUCACUCACUGACAACUCUGGACCUGGGUUAUAAUAAACUGGGAGAUUCAGGAGUAAAACGACUGUCUGUGGCUCUGAGGAAUCCAGGCUGUAAAAUACAGGAACUGGGGCUGUAUAAUAAUGAUCUCACAGCUUCUUGUGCCAAGGAUCUUGCCUCCACUCUCAGUACGAACCAGUCACUGGUGUUUUUGAUCAUGAAAAAUAAUGAGCUGAGAGAUUCAGGAAUGAAAAUACUGUCUGCAGCUCUGAGAAACCCGGACUGUAAAAUACAGAAACUGGACCUUGAAAAAAAUAGUCUUACAGAUUCUUGUACCAAGGAUCUCGCCUCCGCUCUUGGUACAAAUAAAUCACUGUUGUUUCUGAACCUGAAAUCAAACUCCUUCACAGACCAAUCUGUCCCCACUCUCUGUCACUUCAUACUGACCUGCAAGUGUAUGGAGCAGAUUGAGCUGGAGGGGAAUUGGUUCAGUCCAAAUGGAAAGAGACACCUGAAAUCACUGCAAAAAUCCAGAUCUGGACUGAGUGUAACAGUGUGAACAUUUCAAUUGAUAAACAUUAUUACUCUCAUUAUAUGAACAUUUUCAUCUGAUUUUCUGCCCCUCCCCUUUAAUCGGCCGUGCUCCAGGUUUAAAUCCUAUUGGCCGUUUCCGAGUUUCCAUCUCGAGCUGAGUGAAUGUCAUCUCCCAUUGUGAUGUCAGAGGCCCAGCAAUGGAGUCACGAAACUCAGUCGCCCGACCCCACAGCGCUGCCUCUGCAGGAUAUCCGGGACUGAAUGCUCCCCAAUGGGGCACUGGGGAAAUGUACGGACAGGAAGGACUCAGGGCAGGAAUCAGUCUGGGCUGCAGUGGGACACUGACAAUUACAUUCAGUAUUCCUGGGCUUGGGGCUAAAGGACCCAGGGUUUCCGCUCAGUAUCAAUGCCCAUUGACCCUGCUGGGAAGUGAACCUGUGUGGGUUCAGGAUGGGGACAGGGUCUGUUGAGCUGGGAUAGAUUCCACUGACCAAAAGAGACAAACACCCACUGCAUGGGAUGAACCAGGGAGAGUAUCCUGUUGGGGAGGAUUGGAUUGUGUAACCGGGGGAAUGGACUGAAAGUAUCAAUGCUUUUCUGUCUUCCCUAAGUAAGAAAACAACAGUUGUUGAAACAAUGUCUUGAAUGCAGACUCUGCCCUAUUGAUAUGGCUGUAAUUUACACACUGAGGGGUGAUUUUCUGAACAGCUGGAAUGACACAUGGGACUGGAGUGCAUCAAAUAAAGAAGGUAACCUGGUAAAUUCAUGCACCCAUUCAAAGAGUAACAAGUUGUGAAAGUUGAGUGACCCAAUGGAAUCUACACUGCAGUAAAUGUACAGGAUCCAUGUAGGGACCCACCAGUCUGAACCACUGUGGGCCUAAUGCAUGGAUUGUAGUCUAAAUUCAAAGCAGGACCCUCUGUAUUUAAGCAGAGAGAAGAUAGUUUGAUGUUCUGGGUCAGGUUCUUUAUGAUGUAACUCUGUUGUAUUGAUACAAUUUUCAAACGCUGAUGGACAUGCUGUAUGUUCCAUUAUUGUUUACUCUCUCCUCAAUCUGGUAUAAUAAAUGUCAAAGUUUCACCGUA